UCUAACACAUCACAAAACAUAUGGUCUCUCUUCUUCCUCCUUUUUAAACCUUCACUCAACACCAAUUCCAUCUUCACAAUCUCUCUCUACAUCUCUUUCUCUCUCUAAACCAACCUCAACAAUUACAAAACCAAGCAUCAAUUUUUUUUUCAACAUCUAAAAAAACCAUACUCCACCUAUGGCGACAGGACUAACCGCCACUAUAACCUUCAAACCCUUAAACCGUCACUACAAACCUAUAUUUCCUCAUCUCCAAAAACCAAAUCCAACACUUAUCUUUUCCCCUUUAAGAUUCCGAACAACCCCAAAAACACAAAGGUUGAAAAACUUUACCCUUUGUGUUCUCAUGGAAGAUCCAAAACAUGAAACCCAAUUGGAAAUUGAAGAAGAAAAACAACCCCUUGUAGUUUUAUCACAAAAAAUGGAAGAGAAAUUGGCAAGGAAAAAAUCAGAGAGAUUGACGUAUCUUAUUGCAGCUGUUAUGUCAAGUCUUGGGAUAACAUCUUUGGGUGUUUUGUCGGUUUAUUUAAGGUUUUCGUGGCAAAUGGAGGGUAGUGGAGAAAUUCCUUGGUCUGAAAUGUUUGGUACAUUUGCUCUAUCAGUUGGUGCUGCUGUUGGAAUGGAGUUUUGGGCUAGAUGGGCUCACAAGGCCCUUUGGCAUGCUUCCUUGUGGCACAUGCAUGAGUCCCAUCAUAGAGCAAGAGAAGGAGCUUUCGAGUUGAACGAUGUUUUCGCAAUAAUCAACGCUGUUCCUGCUAUCGCUCUCCUUAACUAUGGUUUCUUUCACAAAGGAUUAAUCCCUGGUCUUUGCUUCGGUGCGGGUCUUGGUAUUACGGUUUUUGGAAUGGCCUACAUGUUUGUACAUGACGGUUUAGUUCAUAAGAGAUUUGCAGUGGGACCCAUUGCCAAUGUACCCUAUUUCAGAAGGGUAGCUGCAGCCCACAAACUUCACCAUUCAGACAAAUUCAAUGGUGUCCCAUAUGGGUUGUUUUUGGGACCAAAGGAACUUGAAGAGGUGGGAGGGCUAGAAGAGCUAGAGAAAGAGAUAAGUAGGAGGACAAAAUCAUACAAUAGUUCAUGACUUAUUAAGCAAACAUUAAUUUAGAUAUGUUUCUAAAAAAAAUAUCAAUGUAAAGAAAUAUUAAAUUAAAUAAUCAAAAAAAGUUUUGCUCCCAUCUUUACAUAAAUUAUUUAAUAAUUAUGGAAGCUUGAAAAUUAAAAAAAAAUAUUAGGGUUUUGAUAUUUAGUAAAUACUACAAUAUAUUUUCACGCUUUACGUCUAUAGAGUUUGUUAUGAAAUUAAUCAUCUAAUUGGAUCGGUUAAGAGUCAUGCGUGCGAUAAAGUAUGAGUAUGAAUAUAUAGGUGAAGAUGGUAUUUAUCUUAAAAGUUAAUUUUGGAAGAUUAAUCUAGUUACAAUUUGUUAGGUUAGGAAGGGUCUAGAGAUAAAAUAACCACUAUAUUUUAAGCCAAAAUUUUUAAAGUAUUAGAUUUAUGUGUCAUUUUAUUUAUUAAAUGUUGAACAUUUAUUUUUUAAGUCUAAUGUUAAAGUUAUACUUUAUGUGGAGUAGAAUUCUCUCCUUCAAUUUGUUCUCUCCAACCAUCUAUCUACUUCACACUUUUAUCUCUAUCACUCUCUAAUAUUUUCUCUCUCUUCUUAAUUUUUUUAAUUUUACUAAUUUUAAUAUAUUUGUUUUUGAUGAAGGAGAGGAAAUAAGGGAAGGAGAGGAUCCGUGGUCUACUUUACAUCUAAUAUACCAAACAAUUUAACAUUUUAAAUGACAUACCAUAUUUAUUUAUAUUAUAAUUUUAAUAUGAGAUUAAACUGUUUUUCAAAUGAACACUUUAAACAUUGAACAUCAAUUUACUUCAAUAUUUUAUUAGAAAUAUGUUAUUUGAGAAAUAUGUUACCUAAUCUCUCCACUGUGUUGGUGCAAAUAAAACGCUAUUUCAGAAAUGUGAAAAGAAAUUAAUAAACAUAAGUGGUGUAACCAAUAAUUUUUUUCAUAGAAGUGUGACAAAUAAUUGGUGCCUUCAUCUUUGUCUUUUAAACUUUGACAAAAGGAAGUCACGAGCUAUUUUGUACUACCCUAAACCCAAGUGGGAUGGGGCCAUUCAGCUACAUCACAUUUGCUCAAAAGUUUGUUGCAACCUUCUGUGGGGCUUUAAGCUAUGUAUGCCACUUAAAGAAGGGAAAGGUCAUAGUGACACCAUCAAUGCAUUAGUACUACAAACCCCCCAAAUGAUAGGGAAUGAUUACCUUGGAUUUCAACUUCAAUAACAAUGCAAAUGUUUGUACGUUUGAGUAGGAAAAUGAAUAUCUAAGAUAAAUUAAAAAUUAGAUAAAUUAUUAUUAGACCAUUCAAACGUUUCAAUAGCAUGUUUCAUUUUUAAAAAAAUAUGCUUAAGUAGAGUAAUUAAAAUUUUUCAUUUUUGAAACUCUUUGGAUUUUAAAUUUUAAAUUUAAGAUAUAUAAAUUAAUUUUAAAAAAAGUGGUUUAAAGUGAGAAAUUUCAAAACUUGAGAGGCAAAUUUGAUAUUUUGAAAUAUUCAGAGGACGAGAAGGUUUAAAAAACUUGGAGUAUACCAGCUUGAAAACUUUGCAAGAACAUGGAGUAUACAAACUUGAGAUUUUAAGAACAUGAAGUGUCAUAAAUUUGAUCUGAGACAUUUUUAUAGUUGAAAUAAAAAUAGCAUCUUGACGUAGCACUCUUUUCCAUGCAAAGGCAUCGAGUUUUAAUGAAGCGCCUUUGAUGUUUUGAAUAAAUUGUAUGUCUUCAAUUAGUUACAACGCUCGGUCAAAAUUUAAGACUCCUAAGGGAGCACUAGAUGUUAAAACAUGAGUUACUGGCCCAUUAGUCUAGUAAGCCCAGUUUUCCUCUCUUGUAUGGGCAAAGCCCAAUUGUAAUACACAUAUAUAGUCCACAAUGUAACUUGAGAAAAUCAAUGAAAAAUAAUUUUCUGUUUUUCUUCAUUCAA